GAAAACGUAAUCCGAACGUGUAAAAAACAUGGGAAAGACGGGUGAAAAAGAGGUGCCAGAGUUGCCAGAGUUGCCGAACUGGUUGGAUGAGCAUAUGUUUGUGGAGUUCUUGCAACGCGACUUUAAAGAGUUCAAGGCCAUCAAAAACUUUAAGGUGGAACCCACAGGCGGCAAAGGCGAAAACUUUACGACUUUGGUGGUGCGCGUUAAGAUAAACGUUGAACUAAAUGAUGGCAGUGAAGCAGCUACCUCGUAUAUAGUCAAAUUGUUGCCCACAACCUUGAGCACACGUGAUAUGAUUGCCAGCUGGAAGAUCUUCGAUAAGGAAAAGCUAACCUAUAGCAGCUAUGUGCCUGAAUUCGAGCAAAUGUUCAGAAACAACAAAAAGGAAAUAACAUUUGGAGCCAAAUACUAUGCGCCAACAAAUGCAGCGAGUCAGGAGCUGAUCAUCCUGGAAGAUCUGGGCAAUCGCGGCUUCAAGAACGCCAAUCGUCAGGAGGGCUUAAACAUGGCGCAUACCAAAGCUGUGCUGGAUAAGUUGGCCCAAUUUCAUGCCGCCUCAGCUGUGCGCUAUGAGCGCAAAGGUGCCUAUCCGAAACUCUACGAUCGGAAUCUGUGCAGCGAGGAGGAUAAAUUUCAAGAGUUUCGAGACACGCAAGCCAAGUCGCUUAUCAAAGCACUGCCGCUCUAUGAGGCUGCCUAUAUGGAGAGCGAACUGAAAUCCUACACCUCAAUCGCCCCGGAUAUGUUUCAGGCCCAUGCGCCCAAGUUUGAGGGCGAAUUCCGUUGUCUUAAUCAUGGCGAUUUUUAUUGCAAUAAUAUCAUGUUUCAAUAUGAUGAACAAGGCGAAAUUAGCGAAACAUACUUUCUUGAUCUGCAGAUGAGUCGCUAUUGCUCGCCCGCUCAGGAUUUGAUCUACAUACUGCUCUCCUCGGUUGCUUUCGAGCUUAAGUUUUCCAAAUUCGACUACUUUGUACACUACUAUCACAGCAGGCUGGUUGAGUAUCUAAGGUUUUUGGAUUAUCCACAGCCUCUGCCUACAUUGAGGGGAAUCCACAUUGCGAUCCUCAACCAUGGCGAUUGGGUUUACCCCGUAAUAUCACUGCUACUGCCACUUGUGCUGAUAGAUCCCAACGAAAAGACCAACAUGGACACCAUGAUGGACCAGGCGAGUGAAGGUGACCAACUGAGAAACACCAUGUUUGGACAUCAACGUGUUGUACAGCAAUACAAGCAGAUGCUGCCCUGGGCUUACAAUCGUGGUUUAUUUGUGUAUGGACCAAACAAAUGACUAAAAAGCAACUGUGAUAUCUAUUUCUUAUGCCAUACUUUUGUAUGGAGGU